AUGUAUUUUAUUUUUUUAACCGAAUUCUCAAAUGUUUUUUUAUUAGGUUUUAAAAGUAAUGAGACAAAUUGUAACACUAAUCCUGUCGCCAAGCUUGUGUCUGACGAAGAUAAUGAGAAGUGCUCUGCUUGUACAUUGGAUGAGAUCGGCGAGUUGCUCAGCGACCACUACUGUAUCAUGUGCGAGUGUUUGUCGACGUUGGACUCCAUGCUCGACCGAGUCAGUGUGGCUGUGGAAAGGCCGGUGCUUCCAUGUGCAGCGCAGCGUACCGCCCUGCAGCUCUGCUACACUUCUAACGCGACCCAGCCCCUCAAGUGUCAGCACCUUGUGACGGCACUCAUGGAAUGUGCCCGCAAUCACGCUGGAUCGACUCACGCGAUUGAAAAACUCAACCAUUGA